AUGGUAUUGCUGGAAGUGCGCGGCCUAAAUGGGCCCGUCUGCAGCAUCCGUUGCAAUGGGGACUCAAUCGGGCGAGAGCUGAAGGAGGCGAUUGAAAAAGCGACCUCGGGGCGACUCCUGGCCGUUGACCAGCGGCUGGCCAGGGGAGAGCGCAUCAUCCGUGACGAAGACGUUUUGGGGGAGGCCGAGGAAGAGUCUGCUUUGACCGUCGUUCAGGAGGUGGCGGUUUCGGUUUCGCUCAGUGCCGCUGUACGCAGAGAGGCCGCUAGACGACGCUGGAGGGGGGCGUUCAACGUGGAUGAGUUCGAGCAACUCCUUGCAAGGAAACGGGGCCUUAGGUGUAUUGGUCAUGAAACGGAGAGUUGGUCAGACGAUGACACCGCACGCUGGCACUUUUGGAGCUUCCUUCUUGUGCAUCCUUGUGCGUUAAGCGAUCGGCCAACAAACCGGUUCAUGCACGAGGUCGAGCGGCUGGAGGAAAAACAUCGCAGGUUGUUCGGAUUGGCCCCAGCAGCAGCGUGGUUCUCUUACAAGGAGCGACAGCCGCCACGGGGGGCGCGGAAAGAGCACUACUGGACAAAAGAUGACUCUGCUCGAUGGAUUUUGGUGUCGAUCUUGCUAGAUCUAGAUGAAGAGGUCGUUUCAAGAGAAAAGGUCCAUGAGCUUCGCAAAACCCUUCAGAAGAAGUUUGAACUGACUCUUGUGCCAACGCCAGAUGUACCGUUCCAUCUCACCAAAGAAUUCAAUCGAAUGCUGUCGGCCGACCCAAGACGAAGCCUGAUGCCGACUCAGGAACCUCCCACACUACUGGGACACCCAAAUCGUGUGCGGAAAAUUGCGGCGCCUGCUCUCUUGGGUUCCGGGUUAAGGGUGUGUGCGUUCAGGCUCUGGGGUACUUGCGCUUAG